CAUUCACGAAGACUUGGUGACUCGUUUUCACACCCAUCUCUCGCCCUUCAAACCGCGCAUACAUCAGGCAAAGCAAAAGUCUCGGUCUUUCACUUGCAGUUCCAAAACUCACAUCCUGCAUAGGAGUCCCAGGCCGACCGAUCGUGUAUCAUGACACCCCGUUCGAGCACGAGCUGCACCAACUUCUCGCAGCCAAGAUCAUGAGCGUCUUCUCUGCCACCUUCUCAUCUUGCCACCUCAAACAAGACACAGUCUCAAUCUCGACCUGCUGAUGUCUUACGACUGUUAGUCAGUGCUCAGCAGCUGGACCCUCUUGCCCGCAGGAGCAGCAAUCUGCGCCGCCAUGUCGACUCCAGGUGGCUGCGCUUGCUCGGGCAUUGCACCAUCUAUUCCCCCACGGAUUCUGGUCAUCGAUCAUCACGACUCUUACACGCUGAACUUGCUUCCUCUGCUGCUCUCGGCACUCACUCAGUGUCACUCUGGUCCACGUUGUUUUGCAGCUCUUUCCCCGGAAGAGAGAGAAAAGCGCACAAGACACAUCAGCUCGGUGCUCACCUCUCGAUUGCUCGUUCUGCCACACGAACACCCAUGGCUCAAAGCAUCAUCAUUCGAUGAACAUCUAGCCAGCUAUAUCGAUGCGAUUAUCGUCAGUCCUGGUCCGGGCCGUCCGGACGUAGACGCGGAUUUUGGGCAGACCCUCCGACUCCUGCGGCACCUUUUUCCAGAAGCCCAGGGAACAGAAGGAGCCAGCAGCAAGGCCAUUCCUACACUUGGAGUUUGCCUAGGUCAUCAAGGCAUUGUGCAGUUGUAUGGAGGGAAGGUCAGGCGUUCUGCGAAUAUCAAACAUGGUGUCACGUCCCAGAUCGUCUUCGAUCUCGGACUGUCAGGCGCGGCAGGUAUGGACCUCUUCGAAGGUGUGAGCGCUGGAGAGCGGGUGGUCAGGUACAACAGUCUGACAGUGGACGAGGCUUCCCUGCCGUCGUGCUUGCAACCUUUGGCUUGGGCGAUCGACGCUCCCUCUCGGAUGCCCACACCACACUUCAACGCUUCUCUGCGCGAGGGUUCUUUCCCGAUGAUCUCACUCGAGAAAGUGAAUGCGGGUCGGAAUGUGGGAAUUGCGUCUGCCCAAAGUGAGCGCGUCUUGCUGGGACUCAAGCAUCGGACAGAACCACUAUGGGGUGUGCAAUUCCACCCCGAAAGCAUCGAAACCUCACCCUUGGCAGGCACAACGAUCAUCUCAAAUUUCUUGCGCAUGUGUCAUGGGUUCUGGGAGCAGCAAAAUGGCACGUCAUCAAGAGUUAGCAAUAGGAUCGACGCUUGGCUUUCAGCAUGCCCGCUGCCCGAUGCCCUACUGGCUCACGACACUCGCGCUACUACAAAUUGCACAUCUCGCCCCCUUACGCAGACGCGCACCGAACAUCCAAAGAGAUUCAAGGUUGUUCAGAAAAGCAUUUGUAGCUCAGCGUCAGAUGCAUCUGCGAGACUUGAUUAUCGCGAUCACGCCGGGGCACUUUUCGAAGCCCUCUUUCGUCGGUCCGAACCAGCAGUCGAGGAUGGCCCUCCUGCCGACGCCGGCGCUGUGUGGUUCGACAGCGCAAGACCUGGCGACCCCGCAGCGAAUAUGUCAUACAUGUCAUGUCCCACUUUUGCGGUAACUUAUCACAGGGAGGGGAAGCGAAUUAUUCUGCAAGGCAAGAAUGGUCGUGCUUUGUCUUUGCCCAGUGGAGCGCGAGUGUCUCAACACAAAUUGGGCAUUCCUGCUAGCCGCGCUGGAGCUCCUUGUGCCAUUCCCAACAGCCGAGCUCCGUCAAGUGGUAGAUUGCAGGCCGAAAAGGCACAAACCAUGGAGCCGUCGUUCUGGGAUUGGUUACACGGAAUUCAGCACGAAAUCGUCGGUCAGACUGACGCCGGCGCCGAUGCAUCGAAAAUCGGUUGCAUUUCAGCAGGUUCGACCUUCAAGGCGGGAUGGGCAGGCUACUGGGGCUACGAGAUGGGAACCGAAUCGCUUGGACUGGAUGCUUGUCAAUCUGAGACCCUACGCGACCUCCCUCAAGAGCAAAGCCACCUCUUCGCAUCGGGUCCAGGUGGUCACAUCACUCCGCCUGCGGAUGAAGCAAUGCGGGGUUCGCAUGGCCAUAUCUCCUUGCAGAGCAAGAGAGGUUUACCAGACGCUUCCUUUGGCUGGUGCAAUAAGGUCCUCUCAUAUGAUCAUCGCACGCAGACAUGGACGGCGAAUGCCCUGAUCGCGGUCGAUAGCGCAGGCGUGAUACCAUCUCAGCCUUCGUUCACACAGCUUGAAGAAGCUCUGCGCAAGCUUUCCACCUCUACUUCGCCGCCUGCCGCCGCCAUCAAGCUUGGCCUGACUCACGCAGAAGCAAAUGCUUGGUUCGAAGAAGUCGCGCAGGCGUUCGACAACCUGGAAGCCAAUCCUGUUCAGACUUCGCAUCGAGGGCCCGAUCCAGUGCAUUUGUCUCGGGCCAUGGCAAAUCUCAAGCCAGUCGAUCCCGCCAAGCUGUAUGCAGCGAAAGUCGACGCUGCGCGGGCACAGGUCGCAGCUGGCGAGAGCUACGAAUUGUGCCUGACCACUCAAUUUCGUGGCCGAUUACCUGACUCUCGAGUAUCUUGUCGCAUUGGAAGCCCAUCUAAACCAGCAAGCAGGGUGGACAUUGACGAUCAUUACGAUCUCUACAAAGCUCUGCGUCUCCGAAAUCCUGCACCGUACGCCGCUUACAUGCUCCUUCCGACUCGAGAGUCAGACAGCCUGCUGCAACAAAGCGGUGGUCGUCAGGCGAUUUUGUCCACGUCUCCCGAGUGUUUUCUUCGCGUGUCCAGCCAUGGCAAUGUCGAAAUGCGACCUAUCAAGGGCACCCUGCCCCGCGCAGGCUGGGGCAAGGGAGAAGCCGCACGUCGUCCUGGUGGGGCUGAAGAAGGUGUGGAGACACGGGCGUGGCGAGAGAGAACAGACGCAGAGAGACGAUGUGCUCUGCAAGCUGAUCCCAAAGAGAGAGCGGAGAAUCUGAUGAUUGUGGAUCUUAUUCGAGCAGACUUGCUGUCCUUUUGCUCUGCGCACAGCGUCUGCGUCCCAGCUCUAAUGCGGGUUGAAAGCUACGAGAGUGUCCAUCAACUCGUCACGGUGGUGCGCGGUACAAUCGACCGACCGCUGUCCUCACAACAAUCGCCUAUCAGGAACACAGUCGACAUCGUCCGCCGAUGCUUCCCUCCAGGCUCUAUGACAGGUGCCCCCAAACGACGCAGCGUUCAGAUUCUCGAAAAGAUCGAAGCUGAUCCGGGAGAUCGCCCUGAAUCGGGACCAGCGUCCACGAAAAGCUCGCCUAGCUCUUCUCAAACCGAGCUCUGCAGACGACCGCGUGGUCCUUAUGCUGGUGCGCUGGGCUGGAUGGGCGUCGAUGGUGCCGCAUGCUUCAGCGUCAUCAUCCGUACCCUGGUCAUCGACGGACAUGGUGAGGAAACCCGAACCACACCCGCUAGUCGUGUUGCAGCAGCUGACCGAGGCGUGUUCGUCCUUUGUGCAUCAGAAAUGUCACUCGGCGCGGGUGGAGCGGUGACCUACCUCUCUGACCCGGAACGCGAAUGGCAAGAAGUCCUCGACAAGGCCGCAGCGCUGGGCGUGCGGGUAUAAGCACCAAGUGGUUGCAUGUGAACCGCAAGACCGCAGCAUGAUUCUACGGUCGCCCUCGCAAGACUCGUUCCUCAAUGACUUCUCCAAAUACAGACACUGUACUCUAUCAGUAUCACUCUGCCUUUUUACGUCACCUUCUAAUCGUGCACCAAGUCCU